AUGGCAUCGAUAUUUGGAGUCGUCGCAGCGGUCUGCUCCCUGUUCGCCGAGGUCUUCUUGUUCUGGUACAAGAAAAUCCUUGGGCGCUGGCAAACGAAAAGCCCUGCCGAUGAGUGGCUCGACGCGUUGCGCGGUGUACACGUCUUCGAGGACUGGGAGCACGCGGCUCUGCAGCUGGACAACCUGAAAGAACUGAAUCUAUGGCGCAACGAUCCCUCCUCCCACUCCUACGACUGGUCCAUGAUCAGCGACCGCCUCAACUCCAUCCUCACCGCCCGCGACGACAACGAUCUACAGUCCCUCGUCGACCUCGUUCGAUCCGGCCUGGUCCGCAAUCUGGGUAACAUCACAUCCCCUAAGCUUUACAAUAGAGCCUUCGCCGGCACAAAAUACCUCAUCGAAGAAUACAUCGCCCAGGUGGCCACGGCGGUUGAAGACAUCAGUGCCCAGACGGCAACAACCCCCGGAGACAGGUAUACGCGCGACUACCCUCUGUCAACACAACAGAAGCUCGACUUCCUCCACGACUCGAGACAAGCUUUCGGACGUAGCACUCUCGUGUUGCAGGGUGGUGCUAUCUUCGGUCUUUGUCAUUUGGGUGUUGUCAAGGCCUUAUUCCUGCGAGGCCUCCUACCUCGCAUUAUUACCGGCACGGCUACUGGUGCGCUGAUCGCGAGUCUGGUAGCGAUCCAUACCGAAGACGAAUUGCCUGGCGUGCUCAGGGGCGAUGGCAUCGACCUGUCGGCCUUUGAAACCCACGAGCAGCAGGUGCACAACAACUGCGUAUGGACGCCGUUCUCUGGGUUGGAGACACUGGUCCGCAGGUUCCUACGGUUCUGGCGUGAAGGCUACUUCCUCGAUGUGAAGGUACUGGAAGAAUGUGUCAAGGCCAACGUCGGUGACUUGACUUUUGAGGAGGCGUUCAACAGGAGCAAACGAAUCUUGAACAUCACAGUAGCUACUGCAGCGCAAGAUGGGGUCCCUACCCUGUUGAACUACAUCACUGCUCCCAACGUCUUGAUCUGGACUGCGGCAGUGGCAUCCAACGCUUCGACCCCUUCGCUCUACGGGAGCAGACAGACAACCGUACUCUGCAAAGAUGUCAACGGCAAUAUUGUUCCCUGGGCACCUGCUAACACCUUCCGCCCUUGGACGCACGCAUCAGACAAGGAUCGCAAGUCACCACUUUCGCGUAUUGCCCAACUCUUCAACGUCAACCACUUCGUGGUCAGCCAGGCUCGUCCAUACCUCAUCCCUUUCCUCGAGUCUGACAUGCAUGGACCAUCAAUGUACACAGCUCGGCACAAGCGAGCGCAGAUCACUGGUCACAUCUUUAGGAUUAUAGGGUUGGAGCUGCGUCAUCGUUUGAGACAGCUGGACACAUUGGCCCUUUUGCCCGCCAGCAUACGCAGGUUCCUGGUAGAUGAGGAGGUCCCCGGUGCGAGUAUGAUGCUGGUGCCCACCUUUACGGCCUGGGACUUUGUGCGCCUACUCGAGACCCCGACUCGCGAAACGCUCGACUACUGGAUCGUCCGUGGCGAAAGGAGUGUGUGGCCUGCCGUAUGUGCAUUGACAGUCAGAUGCGCAGUCGAGUAUGAUAUUGAAAGAGCAUACCAAAGAGCGCGAAGCCUGAAGGCGGGCGGUCUGAGGAGGAAAGCAAGUACGGCAGCUGCUCCCGACCUGGCCGAGGCAAAGGAAUCAGGGCUUCUACAGAAAGGGGUCCUCGACGGUUCGGCGGUGAGCUAG